UAUCUAUAUAUAACAACAUCCCACUAACAUGAAUACGUCAAACUAAUCUCUCUUUAGAUCUCAAGAACAAGAACAAGAACUUUACUACUUGUCUUCACCAAGAGUAAUAUAUCAACAUACCGUACGUAGUACGUACUCUUCUUGGAAGGCAAGAAACAUGAAUCAAGAAGCUGCAAGUAACCUUGAACUUGAACUGAAACUAAAUAUAUCGCCGUCGUUGGAUUCUUCUUUGCUCACUGAGAGCUCAUCGUCAUCGUUAUGCUCGGAGGAAGUCGAAGGUGGAGGAGUGGCUAAAUCAAUGGUGGUCGUUGGUUGCCCUAAUUGCAUCAUGUACAUCAUCAUCUCUUUAGACAGUGAUCCUAGAUGCCCUAGAUGCAACAACCAUGUUUUGCUUGAUUUUCUCACCGGAAACAACCGUAGCAAGAAGAACACUAAUUAAGAAAAACAAAAUUAUAUCAAAUUAAGGAUGUUAUUUUUUUUUUUCAUUUUUUUCUUCUUCUUAAUUUGUUGCCACAUUUAUUGAUAGUUUGAAUUAAUCUAUAAACGAACGGACAUGUUCAUAUACUUAUAUUUUGUAAGACAUCGUUAGAUUUAUUUGUAAUAUUGACCAUUUAGCAA